CAAGAACAAGAUCUAGGUUACACUUCACGCCUUGACCGGACUUCUUACUACCCUCAACCCCCCCCCCCCCCCCCCUUUUUUUUUUUUUUUUUUUUUCUUCUUCUUCUUCUUCUUCUUUUAUUCAAUUCAAUGACACUAUCUAUUCCUCUAUCUUUCCCGCGUGGCUAUUUUUCCGCAGUCCGCCUGCACUGAUCAGACACAUACCGCAUCCGCCCCCCCGAUACAUCUACCGCAAAGAGGAUAGGAUAGCAGCGGUAUACGCUUCCAACGCAGCCAUCCCGCAGCCCUCCGAAGGUUCAAUUCUCCAUAACUUGCCUCCAUUGGGCUGAACCUGCACACACGCACCAUGGCCUCCUCAUCCUCGACCUCCUCGCCCGUCAUAGACGAGGCCCACCGCAUCGCCGCCCUGUUUGAAUAUCCCACGGAAGAAGUCAAUCGCGGGGUUAAGGAGUUUAUGCGGCAGAUGGACGAAGGCCUGGAGAAGGAUGGAGCUACUUUGCGCCAGAUCCCGUCGUAUGUAACUUCGGUGCCGGAUGGGACGGAGAAGGGCGUCUAUCUAGCCGUGGAUCUAGGAGGGACUAACUUCCGCGUCUGUUCCGUACGUCUACACGGCGACUCAACCUUCUCUAUAUCACAAUCCAAAAUCGCGAUCCCUCAAGAGCUCAUGGUGACCCAGCAUGGGAAGGAGCUGUUUGCAUUCCUCGCGCUGCAGGUCGAAGAGUUCCUCAAGACACAUCUAUCAGACCACUUCGCAGCACACGUCGAGAAGAAGAGACAGGCCGGCCAAGUCACCGAAACGUAUGCUGAGGACCAAAUCUUCGACAUGGGCUUCACGUUCAGCUUCCCUGUCGACCAACACGGGAUCAACAAGGGCUGCCUAAUCCGCUGGACGAAAGGGUUUGACAUCGACGAAGUCAUCGGACAGGACGUCUGCAAACUGCUACAGGACGCCAUCGACCAGCGCGACCUCCCCGUGCGCGUCGCGGCGCUCGUAAACGACACCGUAGGCACGCUGAUGGCGCGCUCCUACUGCUCCGGCCAGGGCAACAAGGCGUUGAUAGGCGCCAUCUUCGGCACGGGCACCAACGGCGCCUACGUCGAGAAGCUCGCGCGCGUCAAGAAGAUGGACAAAAUAAACCUGCCGGGAACGAAAUACGACAAAACCACCGGCGAGAUGGUCAUCAACAUCGAAUGGGGCAGCUUCGACAACCACCUCUCCGUGCUCCCCAACACCCGCUUCGACGCAGCCCUGGACGCCGACAGCGUCAACCCGGGCAUCCAGAUGUUCGAAAAGCGCAUCUCGGGCAUGUUCCUCGGCGAGAUUCUGCGCCGCGCCCUGCUGGCCAUGAGCAAGGAUCCGGCCGUCAACCUCUUCCGCACCAACGAGGCCGGCACCGCCAUUACCAUCCCGCCGGACUCCGGCCUCUACCACGCCUGGGGCAUCGACACCAGCUUCCUCAGCACCGUCAAGGCAGACCACCAGCCCACCCUAGACGCAACGCGCGCGCAGCUGAAAGGGGAACUCGACAUCGACAACGCCAGCACGCAGGAUUGCCGGGCCGUGAAGAUCCUGGUGCACGCUAUUGGCAAGCGGGCAGCGCGGCUGAGCGCCGUCGCGCUGGCGGCGGUGAUUAUCUCCACGGGCAAGCUGCGAAAUGGGGGCGUGGCGGAUAUUGGUGUUGAUGGGAGUGUUGUGGAGCAUUAUCCUGGCUUUGAGGAGUAUAUGCGCCAGGCGUUUAGGGAGAUUCCGGAGAUUGGGGAGGAAGGGGAGAAGAGGAUUACGUUGGGUGUUGCGAAGGACGGGAGUGGGGUUGGCGCGGCGCUUGGGGCGGUUGUGGCAAGGGAAGCGGCGAAGAGGGCUUAGAGGGAAAAUCUAGAGUAUUUAUAUUGAAGUGGGGCUUUUGUUGGUUUUUGUGUUGAAAGCGAGUUAGAUGUUUUGAUAUAUUUACAUGUACAGACUGUAGAUCCGUGAAGAUCCUUAAGCAUGGUGUUAUUUUUGUCCUUUUACUAUAUAUUUGAAUCUAUGCAUGGAUGUAUGUAUUUCUCCUUACGCUAUGAGAGGGCAUCUCCAUAUUUCACUAACCUAGUUACCUGGACUUGAUCCUGCCAACCUGUCUCCUAUCCAUCCGUCUUAUUCUAUUCUGCAUAUAUAUAUGGCUUGACUGCAGAAGGGUUAACGAGCGGGAGAACGAGGGAAGCUUAGUCUUCGCCGUAUACUGUACAUUGUGAUGAGCCAGUGUCAAACCCAGGUAACGACCACUGAAAUAAUAACAUCUUUCCAGGCGUUGAAGACGUAUGAGGAUGGCAUUACCCAAACUUUUGUAUGCGAGUAUGGCUAUGUAUUUAUUUCCGUUUACUCCGUAUAUGUCUGGGUAUUAGUAUGGGAUGUGUCGAGGGUUUGUGAAGGUUAGUUACUUCAAAAAGGUUAUGUAUAUAGCCAAUACUACUAUAAUUGCAUUAAUUACUUUACUAUCUUAUCCUUUAA